AGUGUGCGAGAGUGAGAGUGUUUUUGAGUCCCGACUGUGACAUAGAACGUUACAUUUGUCCCCAGAAAAGAAGGAGCAUAUUUGGAGCAUUGCUGGCACAACGAGUCAAUAAAUUGGACAUAAAUUUCAAAUUCUAACCAAUUGACUAGGAAAGAAUAGAUAAAACGACAAUCAAAUCAAAGUGAACUGUGCAUUGUGUAACCUGCCGCAAAACUAUGCGCCUAAGUGGUCAACCGAAUAUUGCGAGAGGAAUGUCAACGUUUUUUAAUUUCAAAGCGAUCAUAUGAUUUCCAGAAAACAAAUACUGUGCAUCAAAAAAUCCAAAAAAUUGGGACCACAAAAACAAAAAUAAAAAAACAACCGAAAACAAGACUAUUAUUUUGGAGACGCAGCAAGGAAACUUUGAUUUGAACACUGGAAAGAACAGGAAAACCAUGUACACUAUUAACAAGGGACCGAGCAAAAUUGUUGCUAAAACACGUCGAGGAUUGGCGCAAAAUUUUGAAAAAUUUGAGAGCAUCAAGGAGAGCAGCAAAAAAAACGCCUGUUUUGAUUUAAACAGUCCUGAGGAGCAUAACAAUAUACCACGCCCAGUUUUCCAACAAAGUUUCGCUUCGAAGCGUAUAACUCCCACAAAGUUGAUUGAAGAUGAAGUAAUUACACCUCAGCACGAGGAAAUCAUUCGCUAUAUUAAUGAUUCCUGGAACAUAUUGGUUGCACAAAAUCCAUACGAUUUGUCAUCAUCCAGUAGUACAGAUAAGCCUUCAGAGAAACUUAUGGCCGAUGCCAACAAUAAUAACGCCAGCAAUCCAGUGGACAGCAUUAUAGCAAAUACACCAGUUGCGACUUCCGCGGCAGUGUGGGUUGAGCCACCUAGCCCGGCGUUAAAUGAUUUUAAGCCGUUCGAUUUGGAGACAUGGUGGGGUCGGCGCUUGUUCCACAACAUCACCAAGAGCCUUUAAGCAAUUGGGGAUCACUCUACUCCUCGUUUUAUAUCUCUCUCGCUCUUGGUAACUUCUAGUUAACCCCGCGUGCUUCCUUUUCUACUUUCGACUGCAAACAGUGUAAAGAGAAUGAAAGAGAAUGAAAAACAAAAACAACUGAACUAUAGAUAUAAUUUAACCGAACCCCCAGGCAUGUGGUUUUAGUUACUCAAUUAGUGGCUAAGCAGAAAUACCAUGUAUUGUUUUUUAUUUUUAUUAUUUUUUUUUUCAAUCAACGACUAUUCAUUAAAACAUAAUCAAAUACAUAAGCGUACAUUUUAGGAAAAUAUUAGAGUCAUUGUAAAUAAGAGGACAUUUUUGUUAGUCUAUGUUAUAUAUAUUGUGUAUAUAUUAAGGCAAGACGAGAAUAUUACAAACGUGUUAGAAUUGGUAGAUUUAAUUCUAGUUCACUUAUAGCAUCGCAUAAUGUUAAAUAUUCACACGUUUUUAUUAUACAAUGUUUAGUGUAUAAAAUAAAAAUCACAAUGGGAGCUUGCAAUGUAA